GUUUGAAAGAUAUCUGUGGUUAAAAUUUUUAACUUGAGAAAAAAUUGUUUCUGAAAGAUUCGUCUUUGAGAAUUUCUACUACAAUAGAGGAAACAGAAAAGGAAUAAUGAUUGAUGAUAAUAUAAUAACCGUUGCUUCCUACAGUAAUGAGAGUUUCGAUAAGCUUAUUGAAAAAGAAAUUCCAAUUCCCUUUAAUGAAUCCGUGGAAGAGUUAGCUCACAUAUUGAUAACAAAAUAUGAAUUGCCCAAAUACAUCGAAACGCUUCUCGUAGAAGAUUUGACCUUGUUUAUAAAUUCUAAGGAGAAAGAACUUUAUGAUACUUACUCUGAAGAUAAAAUUUCCAAGGCUAAAGAAGAUACCAAGUUCUUAGAUGACCUCACGAAACAAUGGGAAACAUUAUUCAAAGAUGAAACUGCAGAGUACGCCGAAAAAAAAUGUGCUUCAGAUGAAGAAUUAUUUGCUUCUGCUUAUCACAAAUUAGUUCACUCACCUGCGCUGGAAACCAUUCUUUCAGUAGAACAUUUGUAUGCAAAAGCUGUUCGUAGAAGAACUGAUCAGAAGGAUGCUUUCAUUCAGGAUCUUUCAGAGAAGCAAACUCAGGAGAUGAAUAAAGCAGUGGAUAGUUUAGAAUAUGGUAUGACGGAAUUUGACAUCAAUGAAUUAGUUACUAAACAUUAUGAAGAUCAUUCGUUGUUGAAAGUGAGAUAUGCAAGUGAAUUAGAUACUUUGAAGGAAGCUCAACGUAGAGAAUAUAGAGAUUGGGUAAUGAAAAUGCUGGAAUUCAAUCAGGAAAACAGUUUUCCACCAAGCCCCUCUUCGUCUAUAUGCACACCAACAUCACCACUACUAUCUGGUCCUGAUGACAUGAUAUUUCUAGAUUCUUUAAAUAAACAUAGGGAGAAAGAGCCUAUACUAGAAGAGAGUUUCACAAUUCACCUGGGAUCUCAGCUGAAACAAAUGUAUAAUGUGAGGAUACUUACAGGGAGUGUUGAAGAUUUAUGCAUUAUUCCUGUUGGUGAAUCAUCAGAACCAACCCCACAGUUACUGCAAACUGCUCUUGAUUUAUAUUCAAACGAUUUAUCAGGUUUGGUUUUAAUGACAGACAAUAAAAUUGGUUCUAGAGUAACUAAGGCUUUUCAAGAGAAUUGUUUGAGAUCAACAGAAUUUCAUUUUUCUCAUAUUGAUGCGCAGUUAGAGAAAAUUUCAAACUUGGCAGGCGAAAGCAAUGCAUCUAUCAAUGGCUCUAGAAGUCUAAAUUCAGAUCUCCAAUGUGGUGACUUUUAUUUAACUAAACAUUCCAACUUGGCGCAAGUUCAUGUGAUAUUUCACUUAGUAUCAGACGAUGGUUUGAGAGGAAGUGAUAUCAAUAGCAGGCAUCCUGUUAUUUUAGGAUUAAGGAAUGUUCUGAAAACUGCUUGUUCAAAUGAUAUUACUUCUCUAACUAUACCCUUAUUGCUACAGUAUGAUAUCACAGAAGAAAUGACUACACUAUGGUGUGAGAGGAGGGCUGAAUUAGUUUUCAAAUGUAUGAAAGGCUUCAUGAUUGAAAUGGCUUCGUGGGGAGGAUCAGACUUGAAAAAUCUACAGUUUAUGCUUCCUUCAGGUAUAUCAAGUCAGGUGUUUCAUUCUUUAGCAGACAUGCUACCAAGAAUUUUCAAAAUUUCAAAUCCAAAAAUUCUGAACUGAGGAAUCUGUGUAUGGUGAUAUUAAUUGUGAUAUAUUAUUCAUAUUGGCUUAUUUUGAAAUAUUACAUAUAAUAGAGUCAUACAAACUUUUACAAUCUUAAAACAAUGAAACGAGUGUAAAGACAUGGCAACAAGAGACAGAUCCUAGAAAUUGUUCCAGAUUUCAGUGUAAGCUAUAGACCUAAUAAUAAAUUAGGUCUAUGGUGUAAACAGAGGAAAAAUGUCAACGUGAUACCAUACAUAUCUUCGUAUGAUACAUGAAAACAGCGAUAAAAACCCCAGAAAAAACUCUCUGUCUGCCCCUAUAAGUGUAAUGAUGAUGAAUUUGUUUACAGAAUUAGCUGAAAUUAUCAGAG